UUACUCGCUGACAACCAACACGAAAAAUGUUGUCACUUAUCGACAAUGUCAUUCGCGACGGCCGCCAUCAAAACGACUCCAAGGAGGCCUUACUCUGCCAACGAAGCCAUCGGGAUCUCGGCCUCCUCCGACGAUUCCGUGAAAGUCAGUGAUCCUCGAGAAGAUGGACUGAAAGGAAAGGAUAAAUAG